GCUUUAUUUAAGUUUAGGUUUAAAAUUAGAGAAAAUACAUAGGAUAAUAGAAUUUGAUCAAAAAGAUUGGCUGAAAAAAUAUAUAGAAUUCAACACAAAUCUUCGUGCAAAAACAGAUAAUGAAUUUGAAAAAGAUUAUUAUAAGUUAAUGAACAACAGUGUAUUUGGUAGGACUAUAAUGAACACAAGGAACUAUAAAGAUAUGAAAUUAAUUAAUGAAGAAAAAAAAUAGAAAAAUGGGUUGCUAAACCAAAUUUUGAUUGAGCAACUAUGUUUACAGAAAACUUAGUAGCUGUACAUAUGAAAAAAACUAUGGUUGAAUCGAAACAACCAAUUAUUUAUGUUUUUUAUUUAGGAAUGUGUAUUUUAGAUUUAUCUAAAACUUGAAUGUAUGAUUUUUAUUAUAACGUAUUGAAAAAAAAAAAAAUGAAAAAAAUAUCAGAUUAUUAUACACAGACACAGAUUCUUUAAUAGUAGAAAUUUCAACUGAAGAUUUUUAUACAGAUGUAAAAAACAAUAAACAACUUUUAAAUGAAUGUGAUUUUUCAGAUUAUCCUAAGAAUAAUAAAUAUGGAAUACCACAAAUAAAUAAAAAAGUUCCAGGUAAGUUUAAAGAUGAGCUUAAUGGGCAAAUAAUAACUGAAUUUGUUGGGUUAAGAUCUAAAUUAUAUUCAUUUCAAGUAUUUGAAAAUGAAACAGAAAUUAAAAAAGCAAAAGGCGUGAAAAAACCUAUAGUUAAAAAUGAAUUAUGUUUUAAUGAUUUUUAUUACUGUUUAAAAAGUAAAAAUCCAAAAUAUGUAAAACAGAACAUUUUUAGAACAGAUAAACAUGAAAUAUAUACUGUUGAACAAAACAAAAAAGCUCUUAGUGCAUACGAUGAUAAAAGAUAUAUUCUAGAUAAUGGUAUAAAUACUUUAGCAUGGGGGCAUUAUUUAACAAACAUAGAAAGAGAAAAUUUCAGAGAAUACCUUGAUAAUUUAAUAAAAACAAAUAGUAAAAAAGAAUGAUAAUUUUAAUAUAAAUUAUUUUUGAGAAAUAAUCUAUUUCACGCGUGAUGCGUAAUAUAUUAUAUUAUUUAUUUUUGUUAAAGAGAACUGUUCUUAGUGCAAUGUUUACAUAAAUUGUUUUUAAAGUGAAAAAUAUAAUGAAAAUAAAAGAAAUAAGGAAAAAAUUUUCAAUAGUUUUCUCAAUCCAAUCAUAUACACGGAGGCCACCGAUUUUCCUAUCACACUUUUUUCAUAUAUUAUUCUGUUUUCAUCUACCCCUACUAAAUCUUAAACGAUCUUUUAGAAUAUGUUAUCAAAUUUUAACUAGAGUGAUUAGUAAGAAAUUUUGGAUUCUACUGGAUCGAUUAACUUCAAAUUUUAUAUAUACCUUUAAAAUAUAACCUUUGUUAACAUAUAGACAUUUGGUAAAAUUCUAAAAGAUAGGGAUUUUUUAAUUUAUUUUUUUUAAUAUUAUUUUUUUAUUUUAUGCACAUAAAAAAGACAGGAAAUAAAAACAAUGUAAAUAUAGAUCGGAACAUUAGUUUUUAAAGUGAAAAAUAUCAAGCUGCGCCAGAACCGCAUAUUUAUACUACUAGUGUUAAAUGAACAUUUAAAUAUAAUUAUUAAUAAAAGUGAAAAUAUUCACUUAAAAUAACUUAAAGGAAGAGGUAAUUUUGUAACUUUUCUUAGCUAUUAUUCCAUUGGCAAUAUCACCUCAACAAUUUCGUUAAAAAUUCAAAUAAUAUCUGAGCAAAUCUCAACAGCUGGUAUGUUUUCGGUCUAUUAUUCUUUGCUAUGUUUUCAAUAGAAAAAUUAAGGAAAAAUGAAUAGCUGUUAAAUGUUGUAUAGAAUCUUCUGGAAAAGGUAUGAUGGAAUUUUUAAAAAGUGCUAUGAAUGAAGUUAAUAUUGAUACAUCAAACUGCAUUUCUAACACAACUGACGGAGCAGCAAAUAUGCGAUGUACUUAUAAUGGUUUCACUUCAUGGCUAAGUAGUGUAGCUCCAAAACAAAUCCAUGUCUGAUGUUUUAGUCACAUACUAAACUAAGUAAUUUGUGAUGCUACUAAGAAUCCAGUAAUGAUAGUCAACUUUUUAUCUCUAAUCAAUGGAUGUGCAAUUUUCUUCAAAGAGUCAUAUAAGCGAAUUAAUGUAUGGAGAAAUAUAAGUGAAAAAAAUAAUGAAAACAUUCAUCAUAAGCGUUUACAACUAAUUGGAGAUACAAGGUGGACAUUGAAACAAACUGCAGUAAAUAGGAUUUUUGGUAUGUAUGGAAUGUAUGAUGAAGCCAUGUACCCUGAUUUAAUUAUUGCACUUACUAAAAUCUGUUCGAAAGAAUCAUUUACACCAGACAUUCGAACAAAAGCAUCUAACCUAUUGAAAGCGUUAUUAAAAUAUGAAAAAAUUAUUAUCGCAUAUAUAUUUAUAAAGACUUUUUCUAUCAGUGGCCCAAUAUCAAUAUACUUACAGACUAGUGGAUAG